AGAGAAAACGUUUUUUAGCUGCUCGUCUCUAAAAAGCGGGAAACCAGAAUCCUGACAUGAGAAACGAUUAAAAGAAGCAGGAAGCAGAAAGCAUCCGCCGCAGGACGCCUGUAGCCAUGAAGAGCGUCAGAACCCCGGACUGUUUGGGUCCAAACGUGUACCCGGCGGUGCCGGAAGGCGGCUGGGGCUGGGCGGUGGCCGCGGUCUUCUUCAUGGUGGAGGUCAGCACCUACGGCGUGCUGAAGACGCUGGGGGUGUUCCUCCAGGACCUGAUGGAGGAGUUCCAGGAGAGCACCAGCAGAGUGUCCUGGGUCAUCUCCAUCUCCGUCUUCAUCUUCGCCUUCUCAGCACCCCUGGCCUCGUUGCUUAGCAACCGCUUCGGCUGUCGCCCCGUGGUGAUGAUGGGCGGCUUCCUGAUGAGCCUGGGGAUGAUCUCCUCCGCCUUCACCCGCAGCAUCAGCGAGAUGUACAUCACUACCGGCAUCGUCUCAGGGUUGGGCUUCUGUCUGUCCUUCAUCCCCACCGUCACCAUCCUCGCCCAGUACUUCUCCAGGCGCCGGGCCCUCGUCACGUCCAUCGCCUCCUCUGGGGAAUCCUUCGCCAUCUUUGCUUUUGCGCCCGCCUUCACCAGCCUGAAGGAGGACAUCGGCUGGCGCUACUGUCUGGUCGUCCUCGGCGUCAUGCAGGCGUCCGUCAUCGCCUUUGGCGCCCUGCUGCGUCCGAUCAGCAUCGAGGCGGAGCCUGAGAAGGAGGACGGCGACUCGGCCUCGCUGUCCCUGAAGCAGAGCGUCUUUGAGCUGGAGAACGAACAAACCCGGACGUCCCUCAGCUCCGCCAUCUCCCAGGGCUCCGGGGACUCCGGCGUCACCUUCCUGUCGUCGUCAGACGAAGACUUGAGAAACGCUCCGGAGGCCAAGGCUCUGAUGGAGUGGAGCCCGAAGGACAGCGAGGAGUCUGGCUCCGGCCCCCCCAGCCCACCUCCCAGCCCUGUCCAGCAGGAUCUGAAUGCAGAGCUGUCGGAGGGAGGGGCCUCUCCUAGCCCCGCCCCCAAACUCCUGGACUUCUCCAUGCUCAAAGACGGCGCCUUCAUCUGCUACUCUCUGUUCGGCCUCUUCGCCACGCUGGGCUUCUUCGCUCCGCAGCUCUACAUCAUCGAGCUGAGCAAGAGCCGCGGCGUGGAGCCCGCCAUGGCGUCCUACAUGCUGUCCAUCAUGGCCGUGGCCGACAUCGUGGGACGCCUCUCCAUCGGGGUCGUGCUGAACAAGGUCCGCUGCAAGAAGACGCACGUCCUGCUGGGCUGCGUGGUUCUGAUGUGCCUGGUUCUGGUGGUCUUCACGGUGGUCUGGGAGUUCUGGGGCCUGGCGGUCUGCUGCGCCCUCUACGGCUUCUUCAUGGGCACGGUGGGCUCCACGCACAUCCCCCUGCUGGCCGAGGAGGAAGUGGUCGGCAUCCAGAAGAUGCCUUCCUGUGUGGGCGUCUACGUCUUCAUCCAGAGCUUCGCCGGGCUGGCCGGGCCGCCGCUGGGAGGUGUCCUGGUCGAUGUCACCCAGAACUACGGCGCCGCCUUCUACUCGUGCGCAGCAGGGAUGGGCCUCAGCGCCGUGUGCCUGGCUCUGGUGGGCGUGGCCAAAGCCCGCACCUGCCAAAGAACGAGUGAAAGCAAGAACCCAGAAGAAGAGGAGAAGAUGUCCCAGGACAGCGGCCCGCUGGACUUCCUGGAGGUGGACCUGGUUGGUCCGGGGAAGCCGGCCGAGGUCGUCUGAGCCGGAGUUCAGCUGCUGAUCAAAUCUCAGGUGCUCCUCCUCUGAACCGCCUCUGCUGGAGACCAGAGACGGCGGGCGGGCGGCGGUCUGCUUCAGGCACCGGGUCACACGGCGCCAGAGAACCGGGGUCCGCUUCGAUCCGACCGGUUCUCCGCCGCUGGAGCCAAUCAGACUUUCUGCUUCUUUUAGGCUCACCUGAACAUUUAGUCCUGAAUAAA